CGGAACACAGCCGACGCCUGCCCACAUGGUGAUCUAGGCGGUAACUAAGAACAGACAUGAACCACUACUUAUACGAAAGCAUCACCAAAGAGCCAUUGAGAGUUUAACAAGUCUUAUCUCUACUGUAGAACGCCUGACAAGUCUCCAGUACCGGUCCAUCAAGAACCUCCAAACCCUUAAUUUAGAUAUAAGAGAUCAUAAUAUACUCUGUGAAGUACCUAUAGCUAUGAAAUUUCACUUAUUUCAUUCUCAUCUUGUCGAUAGGAUACUGAAGGCAAUCAAUACAGAUUUGGGAUUGGUGUGCAAAGCAAACCCCAGUUCCAAACAAGCAGAACAAGAAGAUGUGGUUCGAGUAUCGGAGUUCGAUUCAUCCCAUCACUUGUUGUGUAAGGACUGUUCACAAUUGAGCUUUUCCAGAUUCUUUUCACGUCCUAUUGAGGGGGCACAGUUCGUUGCGAACGUUGGACGACGCUUCCGAUCCGGUCGAGAUUCUGAUUGCAGCCUGUGCGGUAUAUUAUCAACUUGCAGAAUCGACGAACCCUAUUCGGCUUCUACAGAUGAACCAGAUUACGACGUCUUGGUAGCAUAUCCAUUCUUUGUCGAAGACUGCAAAAUACGCGCGUCCCAUACCAACCUUGACGGGCUUAUACUUGCCAUCAGGCACCAGUCCCUCUAUUUCAAGACUCAAUACACAUUCAGCAGCUUGGCCUAUCAUAUCCUUCAAAAUGGUUACGGCUUGGUAACGAGAGCCUCGGACAACACCUCAAUCGUUGCCAAGCAUAAUCCUCAAUUCGAUGCCAGAACAGCUUCAGCCUGGCUUCAACACUGCAGAGAUUAUCACGGCCUGGUUUGCAUUCAACGCCAAAGCUUCACGGGCGCCAUCAGCUUAAUAGACUGUCACACAUUGGCCGUAGGAUUACACCGCGAGGACCAACCCUAUAUAGCGUUAAGCUAUGUUUGGGGGGGAUCCGACAUCCGGGGAGUUAGGUGGCACAAUAGGAGACUUUCGCUAUGUCUCGAGCAGCUCCCGCAGGUCGUGCGCGAUGCGAUUACUGUGACCUUAUCCAUGGGCUUCCGUUAUCUGUGGAUAGAUAAAUAUUGCAUAGACCAGGACGAACCUGUGAAGAGAAGCCAGCAAAUCCAACAAAUGGAUGCUAUAUACGCUAAUUCGGAAAUCACGAUUAUCGCCGCCACGGGCGACGACGAAAACUACGGCCUUCCGGGCGUUAGUACACGCCAGCGCACAGCCCAGCCGACAGUCCGAUUCGGGGAGCUGAAUAUAACCUGGGCCUCAAGACGCCCCGAACAACAAGUAAUAGCAUCGAAGUGGAACACCAGGGGCUGGACGUAUCAGGAAGGCUAUUUAUCUCGACGCCGCCUCAUCUUCCUGGACGAGCAGGUCUAUUUCGAAUGCAGCAAGGGCGUAUUCCACGAGAGCGAGCACUUGCCUGUGGAAGGCUACAGCCCCUCCUCGUUCGAAAUCGCCUUGUUUUCCAACCCGUACAUACGCAACGGCGCGGCGGGAUUCUGCUACGCGGUGGAGCAGUACUCCGCCCGGGAGCUGAGCUGCGACUCGGACGCGCUGCGCGGUUUUGCGGGUAUCAUCCGAUCCUUCUCCGUCAACGCGCAGGAUCCCGUGUGGCACAUCUGGGGACUUCCUAUAUCCAUGAGGAACGCCAACAUUAGCGACGAAUUGGCUCGUUCGCUUUCGUGGCCGCAUGACGACCCAGACGUGCCAUGCAAUACCCCGGAGAAGCGUAGACGGCGCCAUGGGUUCCCGUCCUGGACGUGGGCUGGCUGGACGGGUAAGGUGCAUUCGAAUUGGAUCUCCCGGGAAGGCCAGUCGCAGGUACACCUACGUAUAAACCAUCUCGAAGACGACAGAGGUAAGGGGAUCCGCUUACAGGAUGUGGUCAAAUCUAUGCUAGAAGAAUCUCUCUGUGCUUUCCGUAUCCUCUCGGUUGAAGCUGUGGUGGUACCAUUGCAGCUUUUCAAGUUUGAGUUGGCGUCUAUACCCCGUUGGACAUUCAUGGGGUUGGCCGGGAACGCCUACCUAUCCGAAGGCAGUGACGGCGAGAGGAUGCUCGCAGAAGGCUUGAACGAAACGGAUUCAUGGAAAUGUGUACUGCUUUCGGGGAGCAUAGGGAAGGGCUUUUGUAUAUUGACCCUCAUGAAGGACACGAAUACAGGCAUGUGGGUUCGAGCAGGCGUGUUCGAUAUAACGCGCUCGUUCAAACUCGAAAGAGACAAGAUUGAGUGGGAGAAGCAAAAGAGAACAUUUCACCUGGAAACAUUGAAGAUAAUCUAAUAACGUAAUAUAUAUAGAUUUCAAACUUCCC